AACCGAUGUUUAAAAAUGGAUACAUUUAGUACAGAAAUCAUAAGCAAAAGCUAUUCUAGUCUUUCCGGCCAGAACAAGUCUGAAUUUAAUAGAAUAGAUUAUUAUAGUAUUACUAGAAAUAAUAGCAGCGAAGCCGAAGUAUUUAACGAAAAACAUAUGAAUUCUAAAAACGCAUCUAACCCCACUAUCGGACAACUAAGUGCACAAGUCAUGAAUCUACCAUAUAGUGAAUACGAAAAAGUUGUUACAGACGACGCAUUUGAAAGCCCUAAAGUUUCCUCAAGAGAAUACGAUAUCUUAAAACGGAUAAAAGAAGUAUAUGACGCUUGUUCUUGCAAGAUUUGCAGGUGUCUUAUGGGGCCAACUAUUACACCUCGUGACGAAUAUUGUGAUUGUGAACCUUGCAAAUGUAAAUACUGUACACUGAAUAACCUACGGUACGAUACUAUUAAGAUUAACGUACAGUCACGUUCAGGAAAUGACAUUCUCUAUAGAGAUAAUGUAAAAGAAACAAGUUGCAAUUGUAAGCCUUGUAACUGUAUUGAAUGUAUUCAGAAUUUAAGUUUUAGAAGAAAACCUGUUAAUUGUGUUGGGAAUAACAUGGACGCAGCAAGCAAUGAGAUAUCGAUCUCAACUGCGAAAAUAAACAGUCUACAAAAAAAAUAUCCAACGCUUGACAUACCUAUUGGAAUCAACAAACUUUUGGCUCGUCCUAUAACCACAAAUAAUGCAUAUUCAAAUAAGAAAUGUGUGUGCAGUAAAUGCGAAUGCAUCAUAUGCGAAUCACAAGGAAAUACUUUGACUUGUUAUUCAUCAUUGCGGUAUGGAGAUAAACCAUUUCAAAAGUUAACAUGUCCUGAAUUCAGUAAAUGUGCAACGUGUAAAAAUCCACAUACCUCAGAGUCGAUUGAUUAUGCUAAUUGUGAAUGUGAUAUGUGUAAUUUUGCACAAUGUGUUCUAAACUCUGAACCUCAAAACAAUUUAAAAAAAAGAAACCCGUAUAACAAUCAUGGAGGCUCAAACAAACCCUCUAUAGAGGAAAACCCUUUAACUUAUGAAUGCAAUAAAUAUGCACAUGAUAAAUUCAGACGGGGCAAUAUAUUUUACGUGAACAAUGUGAGAACAGACCAUCCAACUAAGAUAAUGUUACGGCCGGAAUAACCUAGACUAAAGGAAAAUAAAGUUGACUUACCUCUUUCCAAGAAUAACCAAAAUUCAAAGAACAAAAGUCAAAGGAAAUCGACUCAGUUUAAUAAGUAUAAGACUGUGUUAACUUCGGUUUUCAAUACAAAUGCCCUUGCACCCAAAAACCCACUUAACAAUGUUUCAGUUGUUAUUUAUCCUCGUUUAAAUAUACUUGGAGAUUUUUACCCAAUUAAUAAUGUAUACAAGACAAGUUCAUAUUCAUUUUCGUCAGGAUUCAGCUCUACAUGGACAAUAACAGCAUCUUCGGUAUCAUAUGAAAACAAAGGAUGCAGCAAACGCACUAUUUCCUUACCUGAUACAAAUAUUUUUGAUAGUCUUACGGAAAUCGGUUCAAAUUCCAAUAUUACCGAAGUUCGAAAAUAUGUUAUAUCUAAUUAUACGAAUCAACAUAAUAACAUUUACCAUUGCUCUAAUAUCACAUCUGAUUUUAACAAAAUCAAUGGUGUUGGUGUCAAGUUGAUACGUGAGAUACAACAGAAUUAUCCAAAUGAUAUCGGAAACAGAGUUGCUGGUGACGUCUUAUUUGAUAAUUUAAACCAUUUUUUUACAAAAAGAUGUAACGUUGAGCAAACUAAGACAGUCAAUUAUAAUAAUAUACAUAAAAUAGUGCUGAAUGCUAAGCUUUUUACUAUUCAUUUGACUAAGAUUUUACAUAAGUACGAAAAAGCUAAUUUGGAAUUUGAAACCGUUUCAAAAGAAUUAAAAAAGUCGCUGUAUAUGAUUUUAAAUGGUUUGGGCAGUAGUAAGAGUAACUGUGUUAUAAAACAAGCAGCGGUUAUUAAAGAAAAAAACGGGGCAACCAACGCGAGUACUGAAGACGAUGCAGACUCAGACCACUCAGAGCGUUUUGAGAUUGUUAAGCAAUCUAAGUAUAAAAAUGUAAAAGAAGAGAAUAAAUC